UGAGAAACCUCUUCAAACAAUGCAAUGUGUGAGUGAACUGUCUGAAUUAAUUAAACUGAAUCAUGAACAGUUUUAGACCUUUUUACAAACCAGUACAUGGUGUAUGGUGAUCUCCACAGUCAGACGAGGAUUUAACAGUAAUAUUUUACUGAGACACAUAGCGAUACUUCACUGGGGCUUGUGCCUCAGUAAAAAGGCUGCACCGUACCAUAGUAGCACUACAGCAAUUAAACAGUCCUUUGUUUAGGGCUCCCCCCUUGUGCAUUGACAAUAAAAUUGUCCUGUAUCAAUCUCGGUUUCAGUGUACAUCUGCUAACAAUGGAUGGUUCUCUGGUAAACUCUGGAAUACCACUGGCGUCACAAAUGGUGGUUUCUCCCAUUACUCAAAGCUCUGGUAACUUGAGCGGGAAGACUCGGGACAAGCGGAAGACUCCUGCAUUUCUGUCCAACUUGGGCAAGGCUACCUUAAGAGGCAUCCGCAAGUGCCCUCAGUGUGGCGUUUACAAUGGCACCCGUGGCCUCAGCUGUAAGAACAAGGCCUGUGGAACCAUCUUCAGGGAUGGGGACCACGGAACGGGACGUUUAAAGAAAGGGGCAUGUGAAGUGGUUCGAGUUGUGACAGACAGUGGAGGUGGCAGGGCUGGAGGGCCGCAAGUGUUCUCUGUGCGUCAGCGGGGACAUGGCUCUGAACAACAAGGCUUUGUUGAGUUAGUCCUCACGGAUACAGCUAUUACUACUGCAGAUGGAACCCUGUUGACCCGUGUCAACCUCGGUCGCUGUUACAUGCCCUCUUGCCAGCAGAACGAAAGUGAGUUGACAGUUGAAGGUGGCCAUCAGCAAGUGUCGCAACCAUCCAAAAGUCCCUGUACCCAUGUGAAGCAAGCCAUGGAGUGUCAGACCCAAGCAACACCUCUGCCACUCAAGAGCUCUGUGCUGGAGGCCCUAGUGGCCACUUCCCAAGACAAGGAAGAGUUGUGGAGGCUGGCUACCGAGACACCGGGACCCCUGGUGCAGAGGGUCUCUAAAGGGACCCUAAUAGUGAAGUGCCAGCCAGGUGAAGCCCACCCUCUGGGACUGCUGCAUCUGACAGUGACCGUAUCUGGUGUUAAAGACAAGACUAUGAGUCUGGCUCCCUUUCACUGUGCAUGUUACGUACCUAAUACCAAGGGGGAUUUGGGGGUGAGAAGUGGGGGUCAGUCUAACAUCAACGAAGGAGAAAAUUCCCACCAGAAUAGUUUACCCGAGUGCUGCCUCCAUUUCUAUGCUUGCGUUUGUGCCUUUACAAGUGAUGAAAAGCUGACCUCUGAGUUUUCAGCUUUCCUCAACUACAACAUUAAUGGACUGCAGGAGAGGGCAGAUACAAUGCUCAGUAUACCUGAGUCUCAGCAGCACAUUGAGCCUUCCAUUUCUCAUCGUUCCAAGAGACUCAAAUUUGUGGAGUCCUCUACUGGAAGUAGCCAGCCGGUGGACGAGACACAUGUGUCACUGGGUUUCCAGCAGUGGUUGGCUAGUGUUACCGAGAGGAUCCAUCAGACGAUGCACUUUCAGUUUGAUGGAAAGCCUGAGCCGCUGGUGUUCCACAUCCCUCAGGCUUUCUUCAAUGCAUUACAGCAGCGUUUAUCAUUGGGCUCAAAGAAGAGACGACUACCCAACUACACCACCACAUUUGUGCGUAAUGACGCUUUGCCUCUGGGCUCUUUCUCUAAAUACACCUGGCACAUUACCAACUUGAUGCAUGUGAAACGCAUCUUUGAUACCCCAGAGUUACCUCUAGAACUCACUCAGAGUUUUGUGAAGAACAGUGACGGCUCCUAUUCACCGUACCGCUGUCGGGCAACUCCUCCUGAUCCUGGAUCAGACACCUGCCACCAUUCACGCACCAAUAAGCCUCUGGCCAUCAGACCUCUGGAGCUACGUACCUUCCUCAGAGUGGGGACAUGUGCUGCUGAGCAGACAGAGCCUGUGCCCUUUGUGAUUGAAUGGAUCCCAGACAUCCUUCCGCACUCACAGGUGGGAGAACUGAGGAUCGGGUUUGAGUACGGCCAUCAGCUGGGCAGUAAACCGGAGCACUGCAAGAGUACUGCUGGGACAAAGAAAACUGAACAAGCAGAUGCCAUCCCACACCAGUGAAGACCCACUGUAGUAACACCUCAUGCAAUUCUCAUGCAAUUGGACAAUUACAGUUCUCCAUUGGUCAUAAUGUUCCCUUGUAAGGAAAAUCAAAAACAAUCCCACAAUCUAUUGCACUUUAGAUAAGAAUGAGAAACUUAUAAGGUGCUACUCAGGAAAAUGUUCAUUUUCAGAAACGGUUGCAUGACAGCACCGGACAUACAAAUGUAAAAUAUUUAUAAUGCAAGUGUACAAAAAAUAAUACAGUGUUACAUGUUUAGUGCUGUACAAUAAUAUCACAUAGUCAUUAUUUCACCAUUUCUUGUUUUCAGAAAUCAUGUGCAUUGAAACAUUUCUGUGUUUACAUGUAAAAGAUUGAGAGAACGCUGUAUUCA